AAGAAGAGAGAUAAGACAGGUUUAAACGUGCUCAUUAGGUUGCUAACGUAUUACUUCCCAUAUUCAGGCGACAACAAAUGGAAGAUUUGCUAAAUGCACUGGAAUACUGUUUCAUUUUCGUGAAGCAACUUUCGUAUCCGACAGUUUUUACAAUAUUAGCUUGCGUCCUACAUUUCACGAACAUGCGUCAAGCACUUGCCUUUCUCCUUCCAUUAGUGCUUAUAUCAACCAUAAGUACGGAAGAGAAGGUAGUUGUUACCGGGGAGUCUCGGUUCGAGUAUGAAUACAAGGUUUUACAGAAAUUAGUGCAGCUUGAGGAAGGACAGUCCAAACUUGAAAUGAAACUGAAGGAAAAAGAAAGUAUCAUAGAGUAUUUAAACCAGGAACUGAAAGAGGCACAUGCAUCUCUUGAAUCUCUUAACGACGUUAUUGACACAAUGGAGGCGGAGGGAUCUGGUGGAGGUGAAACAUAUAUAAGAUGGGGACGAACAACUUGUCCUGGCACUGGAACAGAGCUUGUCUAUGAAGGUUAUGUCGGCGGAUCUCAUUACACACACAAAGGAGCAGCAGUAAACUACCUCUGUUUGCCUAAAGAUCCAUUAUGGGCGACAUACAAUGAUGCCGCACAAAGUCUCAGGGCAUUUGUUUAUGGUGCUGAAUAUGAAAGACCCGAUGAAUCACCAACCACGUUUGAGCAUGAUGUUCCCUGUGCUGUUUGCCUGGUCAAAAGAGCACCAGUCCUUAUGCUACCUGGAAGAAACGACUGUUAUCAGGGUUGGACUUUGGAAUACCAUGGACGAUUAGUCGCCGGAUAUUACGACCAUCCUGCUGCAUCUGAAUAUGUUUGCUUGGAUGAACAUCCAGAGAGCAUAGAAGGCGGGAAUGCCAAUGAAAAUGGAAAAUUAUUUUAUUCCGUUGAAGGGAGAUGUGGAUCGCUAAAAUGUCCACCGUACGUAAAUGGACGUGAGCUCACAUGCGCUGUGUGCUCUUAUGUCCCAUACAAAAAAUCCCGUGACAACAAGAGGAGACACUGGACUAUUAGCAAAUAGGUUGACAUUUACGCAGCAGGUAUUUAUGAACCGAAUUAAAAAGCAUAUGCAAAGUAUUUCGUUGAAAAUACACAGGCAAUGUGUUUGGCGUCAUUUAUCAACGACUAAAGAUUUGUGUUAGAAUGUUGUCAGUCACUUCCAGAAAACAUGUCAGCGAUGGUAUAGAUCGUUUGACAGGUUCCUUGACUUCUGUUAUUUAAAUCUAAAAAAAAGUUCUGUUAGUAGUGUGUCUGAAAUCGUUUGUCCUCAUCAGGUUAAUGUUAAGAAGUUGUAUGUUUCUUGCAAAGACAGGUCAGUACUGAUGCAUAUCCUGAAAGCUGGUUAGAGUAAAUGACCACGGUUAUAUAACUGAAAUACUAUUAAAUGUUUAUAAUAUGUUUACUGGCAUAAUACCCAAGGAAUAUUGUAUACACUAAUGACUAAAAGACUGUGUAAUUACUGAAAUAAACAUUUAAAAGUAUUUGUGUGCAAAUGACGGAAGAAAAGCAAGUGCCUGUUACAUUGCCAAACAGACUUUUCCUAAAAUUUCAAAGUUGAGCAGUAGAAUGACCUUUGUAUAAUACUUUGAACUUACUUUUUCAAUUCAUGAAAUUUUGAAACAUUUAUUAAAAAUACUUAUUCUCAUAAAUUUUUGAAAUAUUAAUUGAACAUACUUAUUCCCAACAAAUCUGGAACAUAACAAGUAACUUAUCUACUUUGUUUAUUUCCAUGUAUCAUUAAAUUUUGUAUUUCUUUAAACAACUACUUUUUGUUGGCAUCUUGCACGAUGCGUCAGCGUUUGUAGUAUCAUAAUGGGCCAGUGGGACUGGAAUGUUUUUUAUUUUUAUUUCACCUUCCACAUGAAGGCUAUAAUAAGUACAAGAUUAUGGAAAUACAUUAACCGGACAUCUGUUUAAUUUUUGUUAUCUUCCAUAAUAAGAUAUGCUUUUGUUUUGGAGAGGCGACUUACUAAAUAACACAACAUGUACGAUGAUGUCGUACAACCUGUACAAGUAAUGCUCACAGCUUCGAUGUAACAGAUUAAAUGCUAAAUGUAGGAUUUAAGUGAUUUGCACACAUUGGACCUGUUUCACGAAAGAUCAUAAGUUACAUCUUGAGACACUCCCAAAGGAUUAUAAGUACGACAUCAUUAUGACACUUUUAUUAAGCAGCAUGUAAAUAAACAACAAAUAUCAGUCUAGAUUAAAACAAAAUAUAAAGAAAGCUCGAUCAAUAGUCAGUGGCUAUUACGACGUUUAGGAUCUUUCAAAUGUCAGAAAUUCUUGUUUUGUUUAUGCAUUACGUAGAUUUUGUCUAGCUUCUUAUUCAUUAUUGUGUAUUCAUUUUCGUACGAAAUCGGCAGUUUCUUUAAAUUAAGCAAUGCUGUAAUUCAUGAUUUAAAAAUAAAGCAAAACGAGCCUGGAAAUCGAACUGGAGACGUUUAAGUUCGAACUGGAGUACGUUUACCGAGGAAUUUGUGUUUUUAUGAUAGUAAAGAAAAAUAUAAGAAUCGUGAUAUAUUGCAGUCUGUGGGUGUUGGUUCGAUACCCGACAGCGUUACUCUACGUUUUAGUAUCUUAUUUUUAAAUUUUCGUGGUAAACAUAGCAUUAUAUCCUUAUGACAGAGCAUCCAGCGUAUUGAUACAGUUUUUUUAAUAUUAGUACAAAUGUAUAAAAUAUUUUAUGGAAAUUAUUAAUGAAGCAUUAUGAAUGUUUUUUGCUUUGAAGUGUAAUAUUCGUUGCAAAACCGAUGAAAACUAUCUUUGCAUAAUAACAUUGAAACCACGGUAUGAUUCUACAACUCAAAACAUUCCAGUUUCAUUAGUUGAGAAAGUAUUUUUCUCAAACACCCCUUAUCAUGCCUAAUUUUCCUGUUAACAUUUUUUGACAUGAUUGAAUUAGAGGACGAUUUGUGUAUCGAUAGGCGUGCAGCAAUUUUCGACUUUGGUAUUUUCACUUUUCCCAGUUUUCUUUCAAUAUCAGAUACGUAAUGGUCGCCUACAUGCGUCGUAGAAUCAUUUUAUAAAUGCUAAGAUAGAUCAGAUAUUAUAAUUAUUUACUUGGACAAAUUUGAUUGUAUUUAUUAGGUAAGAUUCAAGCCAGCGUGAUAAAAGAUCAUUUAGAUGAUAUAGUUUCAUUCUGUACAAGAGAAUACUAAUAUUAUGAUCAAGCAAGUCAAAAGCCUUACGACAAUCAAGGAAUACACUACCUACAAUUUUUCCUUAAUCAGUAUCAUUCGCAAAUUUAUCAGUUAAUACAGUAAGAGACAUUUGGCAAGUAUAUAAUUUUCGGAAGGCAGAUUGAGUUUUUAGACAAUAAUGCAACUUCAUGCAAUUUUCAUUUAAAUUUCAUAUCAAUCACUGCUUAUUUACACUUUAAUAUAUGAAAUAACCCAGUUUUGUAAUGAAUUUUGGUAUAU